GCGCCCGCAGAGGAAUAACCUGCAAGGUCGGCCGCGGCGGGCAGGUGGCGAAGGAAGGGAGCACGCCGGCCCACCUCACACGCUGCAAUUCUAGACAAACACAGUUCACCGCCGACAUUCCUCCCGACUGCAGCACCGACACUAACCACUCACCUCAUUUAAGCGCCGGCUGAAUAACGAUGAUGGCCUGUGCCAGAGAAAUUUGGUGCACUGCUCUUGUGAUCGGCGGGCUGCUCGCGACGACGCUUGCCACGCCGGAGCUCUUCAUGGACUGGGAGGGCCAGCGAAUGCUCAGCAUUACCUCCGAAAGGUGCCAGGUUUUUGUCGACAGCAAUGAUAUUUCGUAUAUGAUGCAGCGCGGUUCGAUCCGCCACAUCGGCCAGCAAGAAAUGGGAUUCAUGAUCAAAGCGUGCGGAAUGAUGCACAAGCCGAUCCAAAGCCGACCCUCCCUCUUUGUGUAUCCCGGAACCAAGUGGUGCGGCUCGGGCAGCACAGCAUCGUCGUUUAAUGAGCUCGGCGCCCUCUUCAACGAGGACCGCUGCUGUCGAGAGCAUGACUUCUGCCCGGCCAGCCUGAGAGCCGGACAGUGCAGAAACGGAAUUUGCAACACUUCACCAUUCACACGGUCUCACUGCGAGUGCGACGUGCAGUUCAGACGCUGUUUGCAGUCGGUUGGCUCUGCGGCGAGUCACGCGCUGGGCGCUCUGUACUUCAACAUUGCCAGGGUUCCGUGCUUCAGCGAAGUGCGCCAGUCGAACAGGGUGGCCCGUCUCGGCUUUGACACUGGAUGUGACGGGCGCUACUCGCAAUGCUUGGGUCCACCCCGAAGGGAAACGCAGCCAAUCUAUCGCUAUCACUCGCUCGCUCCAUACUCAUUGCCUGGCUUCAGCAAUCCAUUCAGCAGCAGCUUCUCAUCUCACCCGUACUCUGUCGGACCAACCGGAAUCUCGAAUGUGCUCUUCGGUGUGUUCCGACUCUUUGGCGUCGUCUAGCAUUAUUUCGUCAAAAAACACCAUCUGGAUAAUUUAUUUCUAGCCAUCUAGUCAGCCAAACAUGGAAGAGACAGCCUAAAUAAUUUAACUACAAAUACUAUGGUACCUCACAAUGUUUGUGAUAAAUGGGAAUCUUUUGUAAUAAAACCGCUCGAUUUAAUUAUAA